UGUCACUACUUAGGAAACCAGCGAGUAAGGAGCAGAUAUCGAGGCGACAAACGACUCUGUCCAGGAAGGAAAAGAGUCGCAUAUCUUCCCCUUAUCUAUCACUUUUGCAGUCAUGCUUUGGGCACGGCUCGCACCGCCGUUACUCCUACUCAGCCUCAGUACCCUUACGAAAGCAUCCAGCCUGGGCGACAUUCCACCAUGCGCAUCACGAAGAAUAUCACGCAGACGGAGUGCGGCUUUCCGGUUGAGGACGACUUCGCCGCUGUCAAGAUCAUGCGCCUGGUUCUGUUCUUCACACUUCCCACUUUCGCCAUCAUUAUCCGCUUAGUUGUGAAGAUCGCCCGGAUAUCACCCUGGGGAUUUGAUGACAGUACCAUUUUAUUGACAUAUAUCAUAAUGUUUGGCUUCAUACCAGUAAAUUACGUCGCUGAACUGAACGGCGCCGGGCGAGAUAUUUGGAGUCUCACUUUCGACCAAAUCGACCUUUACUUCUUGACAUUUUAUAUCGGCCAACUGCUCUAUGUGUUCACGCUGACGCUGAUCAAAUCCUCUAUACUAUUCAUGUACCUCCGAAUCUUUCCUGGCGAGAAGUUUCGCCGGGUCUUGUGGACAACACAAGCUGUUACCGUGGGGCUCGGGAUGGGAUCCGUGUUCCUAGUGGCCUUUCAGUGUCAACCCAUCGGGAAAGCUUGGAAACAAUGGACCGGGGAGGAGGAUGGUCACUGUAUACCGGUGCCGCCGCUUGGCGUGGUCCACGGGGUGGUCAACAUCGUACUAGACGUGUGGAUGCUCAUUCUACCGGCAUCUCAGGUGCUCUUCCUGAACAUGAAGCCUCGAAAGAAAUGGGCGGUGAUGUUCAUGUUCAGUCUCGGCCUAUUCCUCACAAUCUCCAGCGGUAUACGACUGAGGGCGGUGUUGAGGUACACGACUGCGUCGACCAAUCCAACUGUCGAUGCAAUGCCCGUCGCCGUGUGGUCAGACAUAGAGCUCGACGUGGGCGUUUUCACGACCUGCAUCCCAAACAUUUGGCAAUUCGUCCGCCGCUUUAUUCUCAAAGACCCUAAACGAGUAGAGAAGUUGAGCUCGAGGAAUGCUCAGAACCAAAAUCUCGAGGAGUAUCCACAGAAGUCGCCGGCACCGGCGUCGACGGAGGUUGGGGAGGAGGAGCUACGAUGA